GAGAUAUGAUGGUGAGUUAGUUGGACAGCUACUGACGCUGAUGCAGAGCACCCCUAAAUAGCUAUUUCUCUUCUGCUCAUAUCCUCAGCUCAUCUACUGCACCCGCAGCGUCAGAGGUACGCUAUCUCUCUGAGAGGCCUCAUAGCCGAAAGCGAUCCUGGAAUGGAGGAGAGACGUGAUCCCUCCGACCGUCAAAUUCCCCAUGAUUUCCUUCUUUUAGAACAUCAGCAGCAGGUACCCACGGAUCCCAUCUCCAUCGAUCUCCCUCUUCCUGCUCCGUUGUUUCGGGCCUCCCGAGACCACGCUGGGCGCCUCCUAGCCAAGAUGGGGAGCCUCAGACGCGAGCGACAGCUGUGCGACGUCACCCUCCGAGUCGGACACCGCGAGAUAGCGGCCCAUCGCCUCGUCCUCUCCGCCUGCAGCCAGUACUUUUGCGCCAUGUUCACCAACCGCAUGCGGGAGAGCGAGCAAGAAUCCGUCACCCUGGCCGACGUUGACGCGGACUCCCUGGAGGAGAUAGUCGACUUUGCCUACACGGGAAAUAUCAGCAUCCACGAGGAUAAUGUUCAGCAUCUCCUGAAGGCGUCCGCGAUGCUCCAACUCUCUGAGAUUGUGUCCGCCUGUUGUACUUUCCUCAAGGGGCAGCUCCACGCCACAAACUGUCUCGGGAUUGCCACGUUUGCCAAAGCCCACGGCUGCAUCUCGCUCGGCGACCGUGCAAUGGAGUACGUGCAGGACAGCUUUGCCGAGGUCGUGGAAGGAGAAGAGUUUCUGCAGCUGAGUCUCGACAGUGUCCUCAAUCUGCUCGGCUCCGAUCUUCUCCAAGUGUCCUCCGAAGAGUGUGUCUUUGAGGCCAUGUACAAGUGGCUCACGCACGACUUGGUGACACGUAAACCACACGCUCUCUCACUCUUAAAUUGCAUCCGUCUCCCUCUCCUUCCCCCUCUCUAUCUCUCCGAUGUCGUGUACGCCAAGGAGAUCUUCAAAGAAGACCCUGCGUGCCUCCAAGAGAUCAUGAACGCUCUGGUGUACGUAUCGGUCAAGGAGAAACAGCCGCACCUCAAAGACAUUGUCAACUGUAGACCUCGCAAGUCGACGCUCGGCACCAUGUUUGUGGUUGGAGGGAUCGACACGGGGAGGAACAAAACGAGCGUCGAGGUGUUUGACGCACGACGUGAGAUCUGGGUACUGCUGGGAUACCCGCAGCUCAUGUUCAAGCGACUUCAAUUCGGAGUGGCGGUCCUCAGUUCACAUGUCUAUGUGGUUGGUGGGAGAAACGGACUCCAGACACUGAACACAGUGGACUGUUUCGAUCCGGUCACCAACUCUUGGCUCCCAGUUCCUCCCAUGUGCUCCUAUCGACACGGAGUGGGCGUGGCCACACUAUGCGGACCACUGUAUGCCGUGGGGGGACACGAUGGGUGGUCCUAUCUCAGCUCGGUGGAAAGGUAUGACCCCAACAAGAAGCAGUGGUCUCACAUCUCCAGCAUGUCGUCACCUCGCAGCACGGCAGGCGUGGCUGUCUUGGAGGACAAGCUCUACGUGGUCGGCGGACGAGACAGCAACUCUUGUCUCGACUCCAUGGAGUGCUACGACCCACAUACCGACACGUGGACCCGGCUGCCACCUAUGAGGGUACGACGAGGAGGGGUAGGGAUAGUGGUCGUUUCAGAGAAACUCUAUGCAAUCGGCGGACACGAAGUGUUGGCACCUUUGAACUCGGUUGAAGUCUACGACCCUAAAACAAACGAGUGGAGUUGGGGUGUCCCUAUGUUGUGUGCGAGAGAUGCUGUAGCAGCGGUGGCAUUCGGAGGGAAGAUUUACGUGGUGGGUGGAUUCAAUGGAGACAUGUACUUGGACUCGGUGGAGAGCUACGACCCUGAGACUUGUGAGUGGAGUAUGGUGUCGAGUCUGUCCUGCGGACGAGCAGGAGCUGGAGUGGUGGUAAUGGAUUUCCCUAUGGAGAAGCUUCUGCUGCAACACCAGUAUACUAACCUCAGCUAGCCCGCACAGCACUCUGUGUUUUUCACAUGAUCAUCCGAGUCACAAGUUUUCAUGUUUUCUGAAAUUGUCGCAUGCGCAGUAGCGGAUGUUGCACAAGCGACAGACCUCGCACAAGCCGAGCUCCUUUUGUCUCCUCAUGAUGGCGGCAGAGCCGCCGCCGUCCGUGGAGGACCACACCAACACGGAGGACUACAUCCACGGCGGGAACUCUCCCACGACCAACAGGCGCAACGCCGGCAUCCUCCUCCGCCGAAUGAGCGACAGCUUCAACGAGCGGCGCUACCCGGGCCUGAGGGAGAGAGCAAGGUCGGCCUCGGAGGCUCCCGAUGCACGCUGGCGGGUAGCCAUUCACGCCAUCUCUUUCUUGAGGAGACUGAGGAGCGCGGGCGACAGUCCCGAGUCUGCAGCAGCAACUGCUGCUGGUGACCGUGAUACCUAGCUAACUCGUCAUGCAUGUCUCUACACCUACCCACUUACAUAAUAUGUAUGUAAUGUCAGUAUCAUAACAACCAGGUUUUUUCUGUUUUUGUAUCAGAUUUUUAUCAUCGGAAUAGCAGUUCUUAUUCAGUAUUUUCACUAUUCACAUUCACAGUAUGCAUAGAUGUAUAAUAUACUAACAUAUUCUCAUGUAAGGA